AUGGCUGCCACAAAAGUGGCUCUCAUCACGGCCAGCUCAGCAGGUCUAGGAGCCCAAAUAGCACGAGCGUUUGCGCCAGACUACCGCGUCGUAAUAAACUACGCCAGCAAUUCCACACGCGCCACCUCCCUCCUCAAUGAGCUCUCCACCAUCCCCGGCCCCUCCUCCAACGGACCAACCCCUCGCUUCCACCUAAUCCAAGCGGACAUGGGAUCCAAGCCCUCCGUGCAAGCCCUCGUAAGCGAGACGCUGGAGAAAAUGGGCCGCCUAGACGUUGUAGUCUCCAACGCCGGUUGGACGCGCAUAACCACUUUUUCUGACAUCGAGCAACAAGUAAACGACGAUGACUGGGACAAAUGCUUCACAUUAAACGUAAAAACGCACAUGUGGCUCGCAUACGCUACAAAAGACGCCUUGGCCGCCACAGAAGGCGCCUUCAUCACUACGGCGAGCGUGGCGGGUGUAAAGCCUAGUGGGAGCAGUGUUCCCUAUGCAGUUACCAAGGCGGCACAGAUACAUCUGGCGAAGAGUUUGGCGGUGAUUCUGGCGCCGAAAAUUAGGGUAAAUAGUAUUAGUCCCGGGCUAUUGAUGACGGAGUGGGGGAUGAAGUUUCCGGAGAGUAAGAGGGAGGCAGCGAUUGGGAAUACAAAGUUAAAGAGGUUGGCGACAGUGGAGGAUUGUGCGGAUAUGGUGAAGGUGUUGGCGGCGGGGAGGAGUGUUACGGGGCAGAAUAUCUGUGUGGAUGGAGGUUCGUCGGUGUAG